AUGAAAUUCGUCUCCCCAAAGCAAUACUUGCCAUCCGUCCACCUCAGAUCGAUUAGAUUACGAAAACGGUUGGUCCUUAGAUACUACCUUCCACCACAAGCAUAUCGAAUUGGAAAACACGCACUUCCGCACCAACAGGGCCACCCCGUGAAGACGGCAAAUCUCACUCUGGUUUCUCGUGACGCAGCAGCACCGGUACAUCUAAAUUCAAAAGAUUUGUGGGCAUUCGGUAUCCAAACUGUAUGGCACUUUGGUCAGGCUGAAUGUGGAAGGGUGCUAGCCGUAAUUAUACUUGCAGAUCGAAUGGGGAAAACGAUAGAACAAAGUGGUGGACGGGCGGAGAACUGA